AAUUCUCACUUGGUUUCUUCCACAUAACAAGUUUUUGCCUCAUCACCAAAACACACCCAUAUAACAUAUACCAACAAAAUGCCUGUGUGGAGCCCUAGAAGUACAAGCUAUCCCUUGUCUGAAGAGCAACUUAAGGGUCUUCUAAAGAGAUAUGAUACAAAUGGAGAUGGUAAGCUAAGCAAGAAUGAGCUAAAGGCUGCUUUUCGUAGCCUUGGCUUGCAUUUUAGUGGCUGGAGAGCUGGACAAGCACUUCGUCAUGCAGAUGCUAAUGGAGAUGGAUAUGUUAGCGAAGAUGAGAUGAAAGAGCUGGUCAAGAGGUCAAUCAUUUAAGAAAAAGA